AUGGAAACCAGCCCUGAGAACCCUCCUGCCGCUCUUUUUGAUACCACUGAUAUUAUUCUACUAAGCGCUAUUGGUCUUGGCACCUUGGCUUGGUUUACUAGACACCAGAUUGCAGACUUGCUAUUUGGUAAGAAACAACAAGCUUCUUUGACCAACGCUCCUACUACACCCAAAAGAGAAAAAAAUUUUGUCAAAGUGAUGGAACAACAGGGUCGAAGAGUGAUUGUAUUCUAUGGGUCACAAACAGGUACAGCAGAAGGCUAUGCUGCCCGUUUGGCCAAGGAAUGCUCUCAGCGUUUUGGUGUGAGCUGUAUGACAGCAGAUUUGGAAUUGUAUGACUUGACCUAUUUGGAUCAGGUACCUGAAGACAAGCUAGUCAUUUUCCUCUUGGCUACUUACGGCGAAGGUGAUCCUACAGACAAUGCUGUAGAGUUUUGGGAUUUAUUGACUGAAGAAGAACCUAUGUUUUCUGAAGGUAAUGAACGUCUAUCCAAUUUGAAAUAUGUCAUGUUUGGUUUGGGAAACAAGACAUAUGAGCAGUACAAUGCAGUCUCUCGCCGCAUUGAUCAACAGCUCUUGAAGCUCGGUGCGAAGCGUAUUGGUGAAGCAGGCGAAGGAGAUGAUGAUGGAUCUUUGGAAGAGGAUUUUUUGGCUUGGAAGGAAACAAUGUGGCCUGCUUUUUGUAACGCAUUGGGUGUAGAUGAAAGUUCUGCUCGGUCGGGGCCUAGAGAACCCAUUUAUGCUGUUGAGGAAUUAGCUCAUUAUGAAAAGGGCGAUGUUUAUUUUGGCGAAUUAGCUGAAAGAACCAAGUCAGGCGCUAAGAUUGCUUAUGACGCUAAACGCCCUUAUAUUGCACCCAUUACCACACGUGAAUUAUUCCAUGGUACAGACCGUCAUUGUUUACAUGUUGAAGUGGAUGUCAGUAAUACAAAUUUGAGCUACACUACGGGUGAUCAUCUUGCUAUCUGGCCAACAAACAACGAAUCAGAAGUCAACCGUCUAGCUGCUGUAUUAGGGUUGACCGAUAAGUUAGACACGGUAGUCAUGGUCAAGGCAAUUGAUCCUACUGCACCCAAAAAGCAUCCUUUCCCUGUACCCACUACCUAUCGUUCCAUGUUUAGACAUUAUAUGGAAAUCUGCGCCCCUGUCUCUCGUCAAGUGCUCAAUUCUUUUGUGGAGUAUGCUCCUUCAGAAGAAUCCAAGGGUUUCUUGACUCAACUAGCAACGGAUAAAGAAAAAUACCGUAUUUAUGUGGGCGAUGCCUGCAGAAAUUUGGGAGAAGUACUUCAAUUAGUUACUGGUCAUGACACAAAACCAGGUUUGUUUAGCCAGGUUCCUUUUGACUUGAUUGUUGAAACGAUUGCUCGUAUGCAGCCUCGCUUUUAUUCCAUUUCUAGUUCCUCUAAAGAGAGCCCCAAACGCAUUACUGCUACUAUUGUCACAUUAUCCUAUGAACCAACACCUGAACGCACAGUCUAUGGUGUCAAUUCUAAUUUUCUUUACAACAUCCAGGCUAGCCAUCAUGGUAUCGCCAGUGAAGGUCCUACUUAUGACUUGGCUGGCCCUCGUCAAGCUUAUUUAGGUCCUGAUGGUCAUUGUUGUCGAAUUCCUGUUCAUGUCCGCCAUUCUCAAUUUAAAUUACCUCGUAACCCUACUGUACCUGUUAUCAUGAUCGGUCCAGGCACAGGUGUUGCUCCUUUCCGAGGUUUUGUUCGUGAGCGAGUGGUUGACAAACGUAACGGAAAACCUGUUGGCACCACUUUAUUGUUUUAUGGUAGUCGUCAUGCAUCUCAAGACUUUUUAUAUGCUGAUGAAUGGCCUCAACUUUUCGAAGAAUUGGGUGGUGAUUCUCGUAUUGUCACUGCCUUUUCUCGUGAUCAACCACAAAAGAUUUAUGUUCAACAUCGUCUCCAGGAACAAGCUGCUCACAUUUGGUCCUUAUUACAAAAAGGCGGCUAUAUCUAUGUCUGUGGUGAUGCAAAGAAUAUGGCUCGUGAUGUGAAUCAGACGUUUGUUGCCUGUGCUACUCAGAUUGGUGGUUUAACAUUAGCUCAAGCACAAGACUAUGUUAAGGGUUUAAGAACAACAGGUCGUUAUCAAGAAGAUGUUUGGAGUUAG